AUGGUUUAUAAAACCAUUUUCACUGCUCUGGUGCUCUCUGGACUGUCAUUUGCGGCCGAUGUACCUUACAAUCUCAGGAUUCGCAAUGUCCAGGCGGCUCCCGACGGCUUUCAGCGUUCUGUUGUUUCCGUCAAUGGUCUCAUCCCAGGCGCGUUAAUUACUGCAAAUAAAGGCGAUACUUUACUCAUCAAUGUCACCAACGAGCUUACGGAUGCUAGCAUGCGUCGUGCUACCACUAUUCACUGGCACGGUCUGUUUCAAGCCAAGACGGCAUCCGAGGACGGACCAGCAUUUGUUACACAAUGCCCGAUUUCCCAGUUCAGUUCAUACACAUACCGAAUUCCACUGGGUCAGCAGACUGGGACCUUUUGGUAUCAUAGUCACCUUUCCAGUCAAUAUGCUGAUGGGCUGCGAGGCCCUCUUGUCGUAUAUGAUCCUCAGGACCCUCACCGUAGUCGCUAUGAUGUGGACGAUGCAUCUACGAUAAUCGUGCUUGAAGACUGGUAUCAUACUCCAGCACCGACCUUACAAGCACAGUUCUUCGACACCAAUAAUACUGCACUGGCUGCCCCUGUGCCAGACUCGGGCUUGGUUAACGGUCGUGGUCGUUACGUAGGGGGCCCACAGGCUCCUCGCUCGGUCAUCAAUGUCCAGAGAGGAAGAAGGUAUAGGUUCCGUGUUAUUAAUACCUCUGCCAUUGGGUCGUACACUUUUUCAAUUGAAAAUCAUCGCAUGACCAUUAUCGAAGCGGAUGGUAUUCCUCAUCAGCCAUUGGUUGUAGACAGCUUUCAAAUCUACGCUGGCCAACGGUACUCGGUUGUGGUGGAGGCUAAUCAAACUGUUGCAAACUACUGGGUCCGCUCUCCUAUGACUGUAGCGAAUGCGGCCAACAAUCCCAAUCUCGAUGCAACUAAUGUUUUUGCCAUUCUUCAUUACCAAGGUGCUCCCAAUGCCGAGCCCACAACAGAGCAGGGAACAGCAAUAGGCACUCCUUUAGUCGAAGAGAACCUUCACGCAUUGAUCAAUCCUGGUGCUCCGGGGGGCUCUAAUCCGGCUGAUGUUCAAGUCAAUCUGACAAUAGGGCGCACUACAAUUGACGGGAGUGUCGCAUUUACUUUUAACGGGAUUCAAUAUCAUUCGCCAAGUUUACCGACCUUAUUGAAGAUACUGGCUAACAACGCCACGACCAACGCAGACUUUGGUACGGAUGAACAUACGCUUACCUUGCCUUUCAAUAAAACAAUUGAACUGGUUAUCACUGGUGGUGUUGAUCACCCCAUACAUUUACAUGGUCAUGUUUUCGAUGUCGUCCAAUCCCUCGGAGGCUCGAUUAACUAUGUCAAUCCACCUCGUCGUGAUGUUGUCCGUGUCUCUAGCACGGGUGUUAUUCUGCGUUUCCGGACCGACAAUCCUGGGCCUUGGUUUGUCCAUUGCCAUAUUGAUUGGCACCUUGAAGCUGGCCUUGCCGUUGUGUUUGCAGAAGCCCCUAGUGAGACCCGUACCGGAGCGCAAAGAGUCGUACCUGCACCUGGGUGGGACCAACUGUGUCCCAAAUAUGCGUCGUUACCGGCGGCACUCCAAUAG